UAAACAGAUCCCGCCCCGAGUGACGUGCGGCGGUACCUGCGCGGGGGCAUCGGGCAUUGUCCGCCGCGGCGGCAGUGGUGGGUGGCGUGAGCUCGCUCGAGGUCCUGCCGCCGCUCCCUCUUCGUUCUCCUCCCGCGCCGGGACGCGGCGCAUCGCCCCCAACGCGCAGCGCCAGCCGCCUCUUUCCCCCCCCCCUCCGGAGCUAAGAUGGCUGGCGGUGGGCGGUGAGCGGCGAGGGCUGCGGGCUGCCGGCCGGCCGGCGAGCGGGGGCGGCCGACGGGACAGCGGAGCGGGGGGAGGCGGCCGCGCAGCGCCAUGUCCGCCUUUGCGCUAGAGGAGACGCUGGAGGCCGACUGGGUGGCCGUGAGGCCUCACGCCUUCCAGGAGCGGGAGAAGCACAAGUUUGUCUUCAUCGUGGCCUGGAAUGAGAUCGAGGGCAAGUUCGCCAUCACCUGCCACAACCGCACGGCGCAGCGCCAGCGCAGCGGCUCCCGCGAGGCCCGCGGUGCCCCCAAGGCCUCCAGCCCCGCUGCGCGCAGGGGCGCCGAGCCCGCCAUGCCGCCUCGCGCCGAACGGGCCGAGGCGCUGCCGGGCAGCCCGCUGCGCUCCUCGAGGGGGGGCCCGGCGCGCAGGGCGGCGCGGGGCGCGGAGGCAGCCGCCGAGGAGAUGGAAGUGCUGGAGCUGGGCAGGGAGGAGGCGGCCGAGGCGGGCGCUCCCGACGCGGAGCCCGCGGGGGAGGAGUGCAGCUGGGCCGGGCUGUUCUCCUUCCAGGACUUGCGCGCCGUGCACCAGCAGCUGUGUUCGGUGAACUCGGAGCUGGAGCCCUACCUGCCCGCCUUCCCCGAGGAGCCCUCGGGCAUGUGGACCGUGCUGUUCGGGGCGCCGGAGCUCUCGGAGCAGGAAAUGGACGCGCUGUGCUACCGGCUGCAGGUCUACCUGGUGCACAGCCUAGACACCUGCGGCUGGAAGAUCCUCUCACAGGUGCUUUUCACCGAGACCGACGACCCCGAGGAAUACUAUGAGAGCCUGAGCGAGCUGCGGCAGAAGGGCUACGAGGAGGUGCUGCAGCGAGCCCGCCGGCGGAUCCAGGAGCUACUGGAAAAACACAAAAACACAGAAAGCAUGGUAGAGCUGCUUGAACUGUAUCAGAUGGAGGAUGAGGCCUACAGCAGUCUUGCAGAAGCUACCACAGAGCUCUACCAGUACUUACUACAACCAUUCCGAGAUAUGAGAGAACUUGCAAUGCUUAGAAGACAACAGAUAAAGAUCUCAAUAGAGAAUGACUACCUAGGCCCCAGAAGAAUCGAGAGUCUGCAGAAAGAAGAUGCUGAUUGGCAGAGGAAAGCCCACAUGGCUGUACUUUCUAUUCAAGAUCUUACAGUUAAAUACUUUGAAAUAACAGCUAAAGCACAGAAAGCUGUGUAUGACCGAAUGCGAGCAGACCAGAAGAAAUUUGGUAAGGCAGCAUGGGCAGCAGCAGUGGAACGUAUGGAAAAGCUUCAGUAUGCAGUUUCUAAGGAGACUCUGCAGUUGAUGCGUGCUAAAGAAAUCUGUUUAGAGCAGAAGAAACAUGCACUGAAAGAGGAGAUGCAAAGUCUGAAGGGUGGUACAGAAGCCAUAGCCCACUUGGAUCAGUUAGAAGCUGAUUAUUACGAUCUGCAGCUUCAGUUAUAUGAAGUGCAGUUUGAGAUCUUGAAAUAUGAAGAGCUGCUGCUGACAGCACAACUUGAAAGCAUCAGAAGACUGAUAUCAGAGAAGAGAGAUGAAGUGGUAUAUUAUGACACUUACGAAAGUAUGGAAGCAAUGCUUGAAAAAGAAGAUCCGGCAUCAUCUGUACACUUACAGAAAGAGGAGCUGCAAAAGUUGCAGCAAAAAAUCCGCCAGCUGGAAGCCAGGCGUGGACGUAUUUCAGCCAAGAAAGCCUACCUCAGAAAUAAAAAGGAGAUUUGUAUUGCAAAGCAUAAUGAAAAGAUCCAGCAGCAUCACCAGAGUGAAGAGGAGUACAAAAUGCACCACACUGUUCAGCUAAAGAGAGAUCAGCUACAAGAUGAAGAGGAAAAAAAGAGCUCCUGGGUUAGUCAGGAACGACAGAAAACACUGGACAGACUUCGCACAUUUAAACAGCGGUACCCUGGCCAAGUAAUACUUAAAUCAACCAGACUACGACUGGCUCAUGCAAGAAGAAAAUGUGCAGCCAGCUCAGCACCCUCUGUAGAUCAGCCUCAAUCUUUGCCAGCAACCAUACAAAUCCAAGAGAAAAGUGAAGAGGUGGAAUUGGAAAAUGCAGUUCAGCCUUUGCAAGUGCAGGAAUCCACGAGCUCGGAACAACUUCAGGAUAUCUCGUUACCUCCCAGCAGUGUUACGUCUGAAUCGCCUCAAGUUAGUCCUGCUCCACUCACCAAUACUGAGCUACAAACAGAGACUGUUAGUGUAGUACCACUUCCACCCCCUUUGCCUCCACCACCUCUGCCUCCACCUCCACCUCUGCCCUCCAAGGAAGAUACCACCAAAUCCUUGGAGAAAAGCGGCAGCUUUGUCAAACGCCAGAGUGAAGAGAAGGGAGUCCAGCACUCUUCCAGUGUCCCAGCAGCAUAUCUGUUUGACAGCAGUCAACUAGUCAGUGCCAAGAAGAAGCUUAAGAAGACAGGUGAUCUUGAGGGUUUACAGAGAAGGAGAGUGAGUUCCCCGAUGGAUGAAGUGCUGGCUUCUUUGAAGCGUGGGAGCUUUCACUUAAGAAAAGUGGAGCAGAGAAGUCUCCCUCCUUUUCCUGAUGAAGAUGAUAGCAAUAACAUCCUGGCGCAGAUCAGGAAAGGGGUGAAACUGAAGAAAGUGCAGAAAGACGUGUUGAGAGAAUCCUUUACAAUUCUGCCUGAUACUGACCCUCUGACAAGGAGCAUCCAUGAAGCGUUACGACGAAUUAAAGAAGCAUCACCUGAAUCAGAGGAUGAAGAGGAGAGUUUGCCUUGCACAGACUGGGAAAAUUAACGUGUGAUAUACAGCCCUUGAAGUGAGACAAGAAAUCCCAGUUGAAGAUCACUUUUCCUCUUCAUUUUGAAAAUUCAGAGCCAGCAGUUUUGACCAUCAGUUCCACAGGCGGCUUUCUUUCACAAAGAAAUAGUGUUUCUUUGGGCAAAUGAUUCAGCAUCUGGAAAAAAUGGCUUGAAAUGUAAAUUUUUCAGGUCCCUUUUUUCAUUAAUUGUUCUAAAAAUUUUGGUUUGAGUAGAAAGUUAAGUUGUUUUGACGUGCAUUUUAUAUAAUCAAGAAUGCCUGACUCUUCAGCACUUUCAUAUCUGUGUUAGUAGUGUGUGGCCAGUUAAGUGGAGAGAGCAUUUUGAGCUGGGAGAAUACUUGCUGUUAAAGGAACUAGUGAUCUGGCUGAAACAACAGAGCAGAUAUAAAAUCUACCCUUCACAGCACUGAAUAUAUCAUCUGCUUGAAAACCAGCUAAGUAGGUCCUCGCAGGAAAGCUAGCAGUGAUGUUACAGAAAGAGCAGAAUUCCGUGUUGCACUGCAGUAGCUGAAAUUCAGUAAUGUGCAACUAUUACUUUUUUCUUCUUAGUUUGAAGAAGUGUUUGUCAGUAUGAAAAACAGUAAGUGACUACAGCAUAAUGAGAAAUAGGAGCUGACUUCAGUACAUAUUUAAGAAUGUGUUUCCAGCAAGGUACAUUUAUAGCAAGACAUACUGGCAGCACCUUUUUAGAAGAUCAUUUGUAAUCUUAAACUUUUCUAACAUAGACAUUUUCAUGCUUUUUUAAAAUAAUAUUCAGCUGUGUUUAACCAAGUAUACUUUAUCAUUUGUUGUAAGAAGCAAUAUUUUGUAAUUUCAUACUUAAAAUUAUUUUUGUUUGGUUUUAAAGGUUUUAUUUGAAUACUGUUUGCAGCCUUCUUUUAAAAAGAUCAAAGCACUUAAGCGUAAUUGACACUUCAGUUUUGAAAAUAUGCUUCUCUUGCUUUUUGUUUUAGUUAUUCUCUUCAAUGGCUGCAGAAGUAUUUGUAUUUUAUACCCAAAGGCCUGCUGGCUGAAAAAAAAAAAAAAAGGUUUCCUUUUGUUAAUGACUUUUUGUUUUAAAAGGAAAAAAGUUACAACUUCCUCUGCAGUGAAUGCUUAGAAUUAAUCCUAAGCUUCGUGGCUGAUGGCUGCAGACAGCUGCACUGAGAACGUGUGUCACUAGGGUAAGAGGUAUCAGGAGAGAGAGAAUCUUGGAACAUCCAGAAGCUCCAUGUGAUAUUACAUUCAGCCUGUUAAAAUGUUAAGGAAGCUAAAUUCUCACCAGCAUUUUAUGUUUAUCGAUGUGACUUACUCUGCGUUGAAAGUCUGCGGUCUGUGUCCCUGUGUAGUACGUCCCAUUCACCAUUCCUCUUGUAAAAUAACCAAGUAUUAUGGGGAUAGUGUUUUUUUAGAGUGGAGUUAUGCUUUGCUGCUGUCAUACAACAGAACACGUACUGUGUCACUGUUCCUGACAGGAGAUUGCAUGUGUUCCUAUUUUGUAAAUAGGAACAGAAGCACACUCCUUAGUAACAGGUUAUGUGCAGGAACCUCAGAGGUCAGACCAUUCAGCUGUUCUGCUUUGGCUGUCCUGAAAUUAAAACUCAAUUGGACAUCUCAGAAGGAUGUCACAGUACCCUUGCUAUUGACAGGCAUUUUCUUAACCUUGUUGCCUUAUUUACAGUAAGUGAACAGCCAUUCUUAAAGCACCCAUGAGUAGUGUAAUUUCAGAGUGUGUUGAUUUUUGCUGCAUGUAUUAGUGGUCAGAUUAUAUGCUUCUCUCCUGAGAUCAGUUCUAUGGCAUACUUGAUACUGACUUUCCAAGAACCUAAAGCUGCAAGGCAUAUUUUCCUUAAAUUGCUUUUCUGAAUUCAGUUAAUGAUGUGGUUGUAAGCAAACACUGUGCUCAUGCAACAAUAACAGUGAUUUCAAAGUUAAUCAUUAGAUGUGGCCUGUACUGUGAGUGGUGCAUUUUUACUCUGCGUUUAUCAUCACUUCCAGUCACACUGCGCUUUGAAACUGAGUUAAUCAAAUUUUUGACCACAGCACAAAGCAGAAUUUGUUGCAGAAUGGUAAUUCAGGUUAUACAGUUCAUCUGAAUCUUAGCACUGUAUAAAUAGUGGUGAUUGAGCAACUAUGUCGGGUUUUGCUAUUUUCCAGCUUACAUUUUCAUUCCUUACAGUAUGCUUAUGGGACUCUAGCAAAAUUUGAGGUCAAGAGAAAAUAUCAUAAUUCUAAAAUAUAGGUACAGUGGUCCCUUUGCACAGAGUUUGUGUCUACGGUUUAUGGUUGUGUUGUGAUAAAUAUAGGUAGCUCAGUGCUUUACUGCAGAUUUCAGAUUUAUUUGCCAUGUGGUCUGUCAACUUUGCCUUGAAUGUGUGCAUGAUUGAGAAAAAUUACUGUCCUUAAUCUGGUUUAUAUUUAGUUGAAAUCUUAGGUUUCCUGUAAUAGCUUAGUUUAUAGAAAUGGAUUUCUCAUGGGAGCAAGUGUUUUAUGUGCACACAAAGAGUAGUUGUUGUGCUGAGCAUAGCAGCUUAUAUCAGUUCAGAACGGCCAUCUUCCAGAUGGAAUGAAAAUGGCAUUUUCCUUCACAUACUGCUGAAAAAAAGAAAACCAAAAAACAGAAAACCACCAAAUCCUAGGUUUUAAUCUUAAACAAGUCACUAGAUGUCACAAUUUCACAUCCCUACUGUGAUACAGAAAUUGUGCUUACGUAGUGUGCAAACUAAUGCAUCAGUCUUCCAUCCUUCUCUGCAACGUGACAGUUUGCAGUGGGGGUGGGAGCAGCAAACAGGGAGAGCGUGGUCACAAGAACCUUACAGAACUUCUGACAAUCCUGCAGAUUUGGCUCUUUCAUAGCUGAUAGAAGCUCUAACGAAUGUGUUGGUCCUUGAGAAACCAUGGCAAGCAUCACUACAGGAAAAUCAUUUAGACGUGUGCAAGGAAGGAGAACCUCCAUGAAAAAGGCCUUUCUACGUAUCACUGAUGUUUUUCCUUUCUGGCUGGACUUCACUGUGGUGAUUGCAUCCAUCUGUUGCUUGUUUAUCUUAAGCAGUCUGUCAACUCUCAUGCUUUUUCCAUCUUUAGGAACUUGCUUUCAUGGUUGUGGUUAAAAUUGUUUUAAAUGGUAUGACUGAUCCGUCGUGGUAAGGAGUUGGAGGUAUGUUUAUUGUGCAAAUGCUUUUCUAAGGACUGAAGCAUCUGUGAGUGAGAACAAGAAAUGAAAAACGAAACUUGUAGGUAACCAAAACAUCGGACAAACAGGAAGCCUUUCAUCAGAAACUGCAUCUGCAUCAACGUGAAUUUCAUCCUCUCAUUCACAGAGGUCCCAGAUCCCUUAAAAACGACCAAUAUAUUCUUAGUGCGUUCGCUUUCUUUUCACGUUGUAGUUACCUUGCUUAAGCAUCACUUCUAAGGUUUUCUAAAAAAAAUCUGACAGUCUGCGUCCUAAACCAGGCAUCUGUAAAAUAACUUAGUGUUAUUAUAUAUUGUGGUUUUUUUGUGGCUGCAUUGGGGAUAGAACUCAACUUCACUAUGUUAUUUGUAAAGAAUCAUUUUGAUAUAUAAGCACUAUAUUCUGUAAUGUCUAAUAUUAAGUAAUGACAGAUGUGUUGUUGAAAUGCAACUUACUGAGAGGAGGAAGCAGAAACUGUCAUUGGUCAAUGUUCCCCUCACUUGUUUGUUGCACUGAACUUCAAGGGUGUAAUUUGUAAAUCAAUUUUCUUCUCAUGUGUAAUCAGAUUUUAUUUUCAUUUUAAUGCUUAUGUAAUUUACUUACCUGUGUAUAUUUCUGGUAAUGAUUCCAUAAGCAUGGACAGUAUACUGUUAUGUUUAGCACUACAGAAUUAACGUUAAGAACAAACAAAGCUUAUUGCUAAGGAGCAAACGGAGCACCUUACUGGGAGAGCGCACUGCGAUUGUAGUGCUGUGGGGCUGACAGACAGGAGGUCGUUCCAGACUUGACUGCAAAUUGCUCUUCAGUGUAGUAAGCACAUUGACACACUGCUGCCAGUGCUGUAAGAAGCCCAGCAGUGGCUGUUUUUAACCUAUAAAUAUACUGUAAUUUAAAAUUUUCCUAUAAAAUGAGUUUAUAUUUAAUUGCUGCCUAAUACAUGUACUUAAAAUUAGGAUUUUUAGCAGGGCUGAGGGUGGGUGGGCAUGCCGGUGUAUUUCUGGGCUGUUGUAUAUACGUUUCUUUGCACUUCCCAUUCAGUUUAACUGUUAACCCAAACCCAGCUCUGACUGUGACAUUUAUGGACUUUAUUGUGAUGGAGGUCCACCUUCUGUGGCCCCGAGCUUCAGCAUUUGACAGAAAAGGUCUUUCCAUUCAAAUGUGAAUACCCUGAUGUACCUCUAACGUGGAAAUGACCAGGCAAUGAAUUUUACUCUGCUGAAUUCAAGAUGACUGUAGAGUAUUAUUUAAAGCCAGUAUCUGAAGCUGUUAACCAGCAUUUGGAAAGAGUCAGAGGGACGAUUGCCUUUUGUGAGUGCAGCCCUAACUCUGCAGCGCUGUCACUGCAGAGAUUGUUACCUGUUCCGUACUGUUCUGCCUUAGGUGGCUUUGACUUUCAGAUCCUUUCAGGAGCACUUUUGAUUUCUGAGUUGCGGAACAGGUGUUGGGGAUCAGGGACACUCACUCAACAUCUUCCAGUGUGUUACUGUGCUUGCUGUAUGUGUUGGAUUUAGUCUUACGUAUUUACAGAUACAUCAUCAUGAGAUUAAAGGAAUUCAGAUGACUGCAGAUUGUCUCGCAUGAAUGACAUCAGUAAAGGUUAAUGAUGUUAACUUCUUCUUUUAAAACCUGUUGAAUAAAUGAGAAAUAAUCAAAACCAGUUUGCCAUUCACUAGCUUUGUGCAAUAUUACUGGCAGAAUUGAACACUAGUGUUUGGCAGUAAGGAAGUCCUUUAACACCGUUGUAUUCAAAGAAGACAUAUUAAAUGCGUAUUUUAUUGUAAACAACUCUGCAGACUUGCUAUACCUAAAAAUGCUCAAGGCUAUGAAGUAUUAGGCAACAAGUAUCUCCUAAAAUAAAAAAGGUAAACUAAGCAAACAUUUCCAGCAAUACCUAAAAACUAAAAACACUGUAACUGUAUGCCUUUUGCUCUCUUUUUCUUUAGUGCAGUUUCCCUGCCAUGCAAGUUUAUUGCUGUGUAUUUCAUGUUUUUAGUAUCGUGACUCAGAAGUUUAAACCUGUACACCAAGUACUGAGCUCACCUUCUUGUACAUGCGAUGUAACAUCAUACUCACAGUUUUGGUGCUUAAAAAUGAUUCCUUUUUUCUUUAUUAAAGGAUAUUUAUUUGACCACUG